AACCAUAAUAUAAUAAAUAGAAGAAACCCAAAGAAAAGUUCAACAUCGCGUCAAGUCCGCACGCCGUAGGUUUCUUUUGUUUUUUAUUCUUCAACCUAUUUCUUCUCUCAUCACUCCACCACCACAAUAUUCAAUAUUCAUUAAUCUAAUUCCACUUUCACGUUUUUUGCUUCUCUCCUUCUGGCUAUGGCGAUUGAAAACAACAAUGGAGUACCUGUUUGUACCGUCAAGAGGCCUAAGACCAAGAUAGUAUGCACUUUAGGCCCUGCAUCUCGAUCAGUUCCCAUGGUGGAGAAGCUUCUUCGGGCCGGCAUGAACGUCGCCAGAUUCAACUUUUCUCAUGGAUCUCAUGAGUAUCAUCAGGAGACCAUUGAUAAUCUCCGACAGGCUAUGGAGAAUACCGGUAUUCUCUGUGCCGUUAUGCUUGAUACCAAGGGUCCUGAAAUUCGAACAGGGUUCUUAAAAGAUGGUAAGCCAGUUCAACUUAAACAGGGUCAGGAGAUCACAGUCUCAACUGAUUACAGCAUUAAAGGUGAUGAGAGUACGAUAUGCAUGAGCUACAAAAAGUUGGCAGAGGAUGUAAAGCCACAAAGUGUGAUCCUCUGUGCAGAUGGCACAAUCACCUUUACCGUUUUGUCUUGUGACAAGGAAAAAGGUUUGGUGCGAUGCCGCUGUGAGAACACUGCUGUUCUUGGUGAAAGAAAGAAUGUCAAUCUCCCUGGAGUAAUAGUGGAUCUGCCGACAUUAACAGAUAAAGACAAGGAUGACAUCUUAAACUGGGGAGUUCCCAAUCAUAUUGAUAUGAUUGCAUUAUCUUUUGUUCGUAAGGGUUCAGAUCUUGUGGAGGUUCGGAAGCUGCUAGGUGAACAUGCAAAGAACAUCCUUCUAAUGUCUAAGGUUGAAAAUCAGGAAGGUGUAGCAAAUUUUGAUGAUAUUCUUGCCAACUCUGAUGCAUUUAUGGUAGCAAGAGGUGACCUGGGAAUGGAAAUUCCAAUUGAAAAGAUAUUUUUGGCUCAAAAGGUAAUGAUUUACAAGUGCAACAUUCAAGGGAAACCUGUUGUCACAGCAACACAGAUGUUGGAGUCCAUGAUCAAAUCUCCAAGACCAACUCGUGCAGAAGCAACAGAUGUUGCCAAUGCUGUUCUUGAUGGCACAGACUGUGUCAUGCUUAGUGGUGAAACAGCUGCUGGAGCUUAUCCUGAUCUUGCAGUGGGAACCAUGGCCAAAAUUUGUAUUGAAGCAGAGAGCACAAUUGAUUAUCCAGAUGUGUUCAAAAGAAUCAUGGCAAAUGCACCAGUUCCCAUGAGCCCAUUGGAGAGCCUUGCGUCUUCUGCUGUUCGGACCGCUAACUCUGCAAAAGCUGCUCUUAUCCUUGUGUUAACCAGGGGAGGAAGUACGGCAAAAUUGGUGGCCAAGUACAGGCCUGGAAUGCCUAUAUUAUCGGUGGUUGUCCCUGAGAUCAAGACUGAUUCUUUUGAUUGGACUUGCAGUGAUGAGUCUCCAGCAAGGCAUAGCCUAAUCUUCAGGGGAUUGGUUCCAGUUCUCCAUGCAGGGUCAGCUAGGGCUUCCCAUGAAGAGUCUACAGAAGAAGCACUGUAUUUUGCUCUUCAACAUGCCAAAACAAAAGGGUUAUGCAAGGAAGGAGAUUCCGUUGUAGCCCUACACCGUGUGGGAACUGCUUCUGUGAUCAAGAUUGUUACAGUCAAGUGAUGACUAUUGACGCCUGCUUUUUGGGUUUUGUUGCUAAAGGGUGCCCGACUGGUAAAUGUUUUUGCUAUUAUUUUCUUCCUUCUAGAGAAGGGAACUUAUGACUAUACUUUACCUUCUUAUAUUUUGUCUUUAUAAUGCCUCGCCCUUUACUGCUUUCCAGCACAAUUUUCCAACCUGACUGGCUGGAGUUUCAUUACCCUUUUAUCUUAUUUAAAUAUAUUUUCUGCCACAGCCUACAGACACAGUGAUGUGAUGGGAAAUAAAUUCCUUAUAUCUGCCUUGAAUUUAUCUGGGCUA